GUGCCCCAUCUUUGGUGUCAGUGGGAGGAAUAGUGCCCCAUCAUUGGUGUCUGUGGGUGGAAUGGAGCCCCAUCAUUGGUGUCAGUGGGAGGAAUGGAGCCCCAUCAUUGGUGUCUGUGGGUGGAAUGGAGCCCCAUCAUUGGUGUCAGUGGGAGGAAUGGAGCCCCAUCAUUGGUGUCAGUGGGAGGAAUGGAGCCCCAUCAUUGGUUUCAGUGGGAAGAAUAGUGCCCCAUCAUUGGUGUCAGUGGGAGGAAUAGCAGCCCAUCAUUGGUAUCAGUGGGAGGAAAAUAGUGCCCCAUCAUUGGUGUCAGUGGGAGGAAUAGCAGCCCAUCAUUGGUGUCAGUUGUGGAUGGAAUAGUGUCCCAAGGGCCAGACAGAGGUAGCCAAAGGGCCACAUCUUGCCCCCAGGGCCGCAGUUUGGAGACCACUGACCUAAACAAUUGUCCUCAUUGGUAGAUUUCUUCCCUAGUCCCUUUUAGUAGGA